UUUCACAAGGAGAAAUGGGCACAUAUAAUUUUCAUGAUUCAUGCAUUGAAUGUUUCAAUAAAUAAUGUUCAGCAUUGGUCAAGCAAUAUCUACCAACAAGAUUUGUUACCACAUUCCAAUGCUGCUGCAUAUUUUCUUAACCCAAAAUCUUAUUCUUAUCCUAACAAGUAACAAGAAUAAAUUUUGGUAGUUGAGUUAACAAAAAUUGAAGGUAACACACAAUGUUAGUAUAUUAAUAGGAUUCUCACUUUAGUUUAUACAUACACAAAAACCUAACAACUUACAUUCACAUUUUCAAGAUUUCAUCUCUUGUUUGGUUCUUCCUAGUACUUCGAUUCAUUUUCUUUUAGUUUUUGAUCAUGGUGGGAAAUAUUUUGGGAAAUGGAUCAUCUCAGAAUCAUAAUAAUGGAUUAGAGGAGAAACUUGAUGAGUUUAGGAGACUAAUUAGUAAAACUAAUGGUGAUCCAUUAAGAAUUGUGUGUAUUGGAGCAGGUGCUUGGGGAAGUGUUUUUGCAGCACUUUUACAAGACAGUUAUGGUCAAUUUAGAGACAAAGUACAAAUCAGAAUAUGGAGAAGAGCAGGAAGAGCAAUAGAUAGAUCAACAGCUGAACAUCUCUUCGAUGUGAUCAAUUCAAGAGAAGAUGUUUUAAGAAGGUUGAUAAGACGUUGUGCUUAUCUAAAAUAUGUUGAAGCAAGACUUGGUGAUAGGACACUUUAUGCUGAUGAGAUUCUUAAAGAUGGUUUUUGUUUGAAUAUGAUUGAUACUCCUGUUUGUCCUUUGAAAGUUGUUACUAAUUUGCAAGAAGCUGUUUGGGAUGCUGAUAUUGUUGUUAAUGGUUUGCCUUCAACCGAAACUCGUGAGAUUUUCGAAGAGAUUAGUAAGUAUUGGAAGGAGAGAAUUAGUGUUCCUGUUAUAAUCUCUUUGUCUAAGGGUAUUGAAGCUGCAUUGGAGCCAGUUCCUCAUAUUGUAACUCCCACAAAAAUGAUUCAUCAAGCAACUGGCGUGCCUAUGGAGAACAUACUUUAUCUUGGUGGUCCAAAUAUUGCUUCAGAAAUCUACAACAAGGAAUAUGCCAAUGCUAGAAUUUGUGGGGCUGAGAAAUGGAGGAAACCUUUAGCAAAGUUUCUUAGACAACCACAUUUCAUUGUAUGGGACAAUAGUGACCUUGUCACACAUGAGGUCAUGGGUGGAUUGAAAAAUGUCUACGCAAUUGGAGCUGGAAUGGUAGCAUCCCUUACCAAUGAGAGUGCUACUAGCAAAUCUGUAUACUUUGCACAUUGUACUUCAGAGAUGAUAUUCAUCACUCACCUGCUAACUGAAGAGCCUGAGAAACUUGCUGGACCAUUACUAGCUGAUACUUAUGUGACAUUGUUAAAAGGUCGUAACGCGUGGUACGGUCAAAUGUUAGCUAAAGGUGAACUAAGCCCUGACAUGGGUGACAGCAUUAGUGGCAAAGGAAUGAUUCAGGGAGUUUCUGCAGUAGAAGCAUUCUUUGAGCUUUUGAGCCAAUCAAGCUUAAAUGUAUUGCAUCCUGAAGAAAAAAAGCAUGUUGCUCCUGUUGAACUUUGCCCUAUCUUGAAGACACUCUACAAAAUAUUGAUAUCAAGAGAACAAUCAACACAUGCAAUUCUAAAAGCUUUGAGGGAUGAAAAUCUGAAUGAUCCACGAGAACGCAUUGCAAUUGCACAAAGUCAUGCUUUCUACAGGCCUUCACUUCUUGGACAACAGUGAUUGUUUUCACUUGGCAAGAACAAGUGUGGAUGGAACCAUAUAUAGGAAACAAUAGUCAAAGGGACAUAUAAUAAUAUAUGUAUUAUUUUUUGAGUUUUUUGUUUUACAUUAUUGUUUGUAUAUAUAUGUCAAAAUACAAGACUCUUAAGCAUUUAGAUUGAUGAUUUUCCAAAAACACUACAUUGUGGCCAAAAUUGGAGUAACACUUCUUUUGAAUUUAUGUUCAAUUUUCAUUAAAAAUAAUGUGGAACCCUUUUACUUUCUGAGAA